AUUAUUAUCAUAAUGUUUAUUUAUGUCCUGCCAACCUAGCAGUUCGAAAACAUGCCAAUGUGAGUAGAUCAAUAGGGAAGGUAACGGCGCUCCAUGCAGUCAUGCCGGCCACAUGACCUGGAGAUGUCUACGGACAACGCGGGCUCUUCGGCUUAGAAAUGGAGAUGAGCACCAACCCACAGAGUCGGUCACGACUGGACUUAAUGAGACCAUUGGUCGAGAGAUGGCACUCAAAGGAGGUCUUUUCAGCUGCGGUGACCCUGUCUUCUGGAGAGCGAUUGGGGGUCUCUAUCAGGACGCCUUGGGCGCCAAGGGCAGCAAGCGGAAGGAACUCAUCGCCUUGGAUCAAUGGUAUCAGGAGGAGCUCCCAAUUGCUGUGGCAGAGCGGGAGAAGAAAUGUUUAAGAAAAGAGGAGGUGGUGAAGCUGAUGGAGUGGAAGCUUUGUAGAGGGAAAUUUCGUCCUCGGCUGCAGCAACUGGUGGCCACGAACUCCAGUGAAAUGGUAGAGGAGUGCACCAGAAAGGCCUUCCAACUCCUUCCCGACAUAUCAGGGGCUGUACAGGAACUCUGCAAGCUGAAGGCUGUGGGACCAGCCACGGCUUCAGCCAUCCUGACGGCAGGAGCCCCAGAGACAGCAGCAUUUAUGGCUGAUGAAGUCCUGGAGUCCAUCCCUGGCCUCAGCCCUGUCCAGUACACCCUCAAGCACUACUUGCUCUUCUUAGACAAAAUCCAGAAUUGUGCUGAAAAGUUAAACAAAGCCGACACAGAGAAAACGUGGACGCCUCAUAGUGUGGAGCUGUGCCUGUGGACGUGGGCCGUGGCAGACCGACUGCGGUUGCCCUCGCUGCAGUCUCUGAGCCUGGAAAAAAGCCUGGAAAAAGCAGAAGCGGUUCAUGAUGGUGGUGCGGAUGGUCCCAGAAAGAAGCAGAGAACGGAAUAAUAACACCCAGCCUGCCCUAGGCUUUCACCCCUGUCCUCAAUUCCUCUGUGUACGGAUGUUGAAGCUAAAUUACACCCCGAGGUAGCACAUUUCUUCCAGAUCUAAGGAAUGGUGAGGAGAACUCGUACUAAUGUUAACUUAAGAUCAUACCCUGUUUCCCUGAAAAUAAGACAGUGUCUUAUAUUAAUUUUUGCUCCCAAACUUGCGCUAGGUCUUAUUUUCAGGGGAUGUCUUAUUUUUCCACAAAGACAAAUUCACAUUUAUGGUUGAAUUUUUAAAAAAUGAAAAUUUAUUAUCUACUGUACAGUAGUUGUCGUCACAAAUCAGCAUAACCAAACUGUGAAUCCUUUCAAGAAUUUCUAUAUUAUAUUUUAUUGCUAUACUGUUUUUAAAUUACUGUUUUAAAUUUCUGUUCGUAUGUAAAUUUAUGUUGUUGUUGGGCUUGUCCCUGUGUAAGCUGCCCUGAGUCCCUUCUGGGAGAUGGAGGGGGGAUACAAGAAUAAAGUUAUUAUUAUAUUAUUA